CCUUCGACUUUGAGAGAAAAAGUGCACAAAUUUGAAGUUCGAAAAUUUCAAAAUGUUCCAAAUUUUUAACUUUCGAAUUUUCAAAUUCCUAAAUUUUCAUAUAUUUAAAUCCUCAAAUAUUAAUAUUCCCAAGUUGAUAACUGUCCAAAUUUGAAACCAACGAGUGGUGGGAUCUUUCUCCCAUACAUAGACAUUUUCCGUAUGAAAGCCUACCACGCACGUUGGUGUAUUUUUUAUGUAACUUUCAAUUGAAUUAAAUAAAUAUAAAUAUUGCCUUGUGAAUGAUUUAAAAUAUUGAUUCGUUAAGUAGUGCGUUCAAUAUUUCUAUAAAUCCAAUAACAAGUAAGCAAUAUCGAAAUCUUGAUCAAUGAUCUUAACCCGCGGUUGUAAAGUUUAUGCUUUUACAAUGGCGGAAAUGCAUAGCUAAAUCCGAUACCAUAUCGUUGAUGCAACUGUAUUAUUUUAAGAAGAUAUUAAUUUAUUGCAUUGAAACGAAAAAACGCGUUGUUUACAAAUAAACUUUCGAUUCAGAGACAAUUUGUUCUAGUUGACAGAAAAUCAAAUAAUAAAUGGAAAAUGCCUCAGAUACCGAAACAUCGAAAAGUUAAAAGGCCUGCAGUGCUUAUAAAAAAGACCCAAUAUUUAAGGAAUUAUCUAAGAAGUAGAUCUUACAAACCAUUAUGUGAAAAAUUAAAAAGUAAUAAUUGUUCAUUAGCAAAAGCAUUGUCUAAAGAAAAACAUGAGAGUCAGUUAUUAUUUUCCCAGAAUGUUGCUUUAAUUGCAGAAGUACAAGAUUUAGGUACAGCAUGUAACAAACGUGAUGCUGUAAUAUCCAAUAUUCUAAAGAAUGCGAAGGAGAUGCUUAAAAUGAUAGUAACUAUGACUGGAUAUUUAACAAAUACCAUCUCUACGUGUCAAGAGUUUGUAGCAUCUCCUACAAGUAAUUUAAGAAUGUCUGCUAGUUCUACUGGGAUCAUUUUAGGAGAUUCAUACAGAAGACUGUCAGCAAAAUCUCCAACUAGAGGAGUUGUGAAGCCUAUGGUGAGCGGUCACACCAUUACAAAACCCACCAUUAAUUUAAGUAGAGUAAAUAUGCAACAUAUUAAUAAUUCAUCAAACUUAAGCGUAAUACAAGAGGUAACAACACCCCCUAGGAAUCAAGAGUUAAACAGUCCAAGGACGCCUGGUCGGUUGAAUGUGAGUCAACGUAGAAACGAAGAAGGCCGUAUGUAUAGAAUGCCUGAAAGAUUAAAUGUCACUUCACCAAGACAUAGUGAUGAAAGUGAACGCAGACUAAGUAAAAGGAGUAACAGACGUUCAGGAAGAAUGUCAGGAAACAUUUCGAAAUCGAGGAAAUUAUCCGGAGGUAACAGUACUCGUAAUAGCAUUGAAAAUUUUGAGUACAUCGGAAGUCCCACUGUAAAACUUAACGAUGUAUCAAAAUUGUUACAAAAUUCCCAAAGCAUUAACAUCCGGAAGUUAACAGAGAAUCGAAAUACUCUGGGAAAUGAGAGCUUAGAGAGUAAUGAGAGUGUAAGUCCAGAGGAUUCUCAGACAAGUAUUAAACUACCAGAAUUAUCACCUCCUAAUGUUUCAAAGACUAAUGGUGAUACAACUAUUGAAGAUGAAAAUGAAAAAAACGAUGAUGACUUAAAUAAUACUUCAAAGACGCAUGAAAAUAUGAAUGGAACACAAAAUGCAAUGGAUAUAGAGGAUCCUCUUGAAGGACCAAGUUGGUUAUUUAAUAAUACUUGUUCUGUGCCUUCGUUUAAGUAUAAAAUGCGACAUACGUUUAAUUCAUUUGAAAAUAAGGACAAAAAGACUGAUGAAGAUACCCUUUCUAAUGAUGAUAGUAUGGAUAUAACUUUAAGAGUAACUGAAUUAAGUGAUGAAUCGGACAAUGAGAAAAGUUCUCAAGACACUUCGUCAUUGUCGACAACAAGCAAGUGUGAUGGGAGUAUGUCCAAUUCUAAACUGGAUCAACAAAUAAAUAACGAAAAUGAAUAUCAAAAUGGUCAAGCGAACGAAAACAACGAUACUUCUUAUAACGCAUCAACUUCGACUGACACAACAGUCAUAAACGAGAAUGAAUGUAAAGUAGAAAACGAACUGGCAAUGAACUUCCCAAAUUUUAUUACUCAAAGGCGAGGCUGUUUCGAAAGUGAAGAAGAAGAUGACGACUUUACCUUAAUGUAUAUGCGACCAAAUAAUAUGCAUUUUGAUAUAAACGAUUUAAAAUUACCAGUUUUAGAAGAGUCUGCACUGAAGACAAAUAUUCCAGUUGAAACAGAACCUGAAGUAACCACCAAUCUUAAACAAAUAACUCAAAUUUGCCCUCUUCCAUCUGUUGCAAACAAUAGUUUAGACGAAUUUACGUUUAAUCAAUCUACGGUAAAACUGCCACUAUUAAAUAACAACGAUGACAAGGAGAAAAAGAAGAAGAAAUCUAAGAAUGUAAGUCCGGAAGACGUUGUGGAAGGUACACCAAUACUUAACAGGAAAAGUAGUCGAAAAAGAAAAGAUCAAUCUGGAAAUAAGGAUCCAAGCGCUGUUAAAGUAGUGUUACAGAAACUAAACGAAUCUGACGUUAAAUCUAGAACACCAUCUCCUGAAGUAUCAAACUCGCAGGAGUCGGGUAAAUCUUUAAGUCCAUGUUCAAGAACAGAAAAUUCAAGCGAUUCAGAAAACAGUAAUACGAGUACAAGUAGUAUUUACGCAAUUAGUCGUCCUAGACGAAAAAGGGCUCCAACCACUUUCCAUGAACCAAGCUUAAAGAGGAAAUUACGGAGGAAUUAAUGUACCAUUAAUAACGAGUGAAAAUUAAUGUGUUUCUGAAACACAGUGUGAUUAUCAGAAUAAUGUACAUAAAGUAUCAAUGCAUUAUGACGAAUUCAUUAAAUACAUCAAGAAUACAGAAAUUGAAUCAAUUUGAUUGAACGAAUAGAAAUAUGAGACAAAUUAGGUUUACAUUAUAUAAACUGUUCUGCUUCCAUCGUUGCGCACAUUUUUAUUAUAUUCACUGUUAAUUAUUUACAGGAGAUCGACAUGCUUUAACACGGCCAUCGUUCUAAAAGUUUGGCUUCCUUUAGUAGUAUCGUUCAUAUAUCGUACCUUUUGUAUCCUUAACUACUGUUGCGAUAAUAAACAAACGUUUGUAAACCUGCAA